AUGAGACCUGCGCUCCCCACGGUCAAACAGUCGAUCGCGUCGAUCGCCAAGAUCGAGCCAAGAUAUUUCGUGGACCACAUCAGAUUCCACCGAAAUCUCAGCCCGGAAGAUGAACAGACCAUGGAUUUGAGAGACCUGUACUCCACAAUCGGAGACUUGACCAGUCGAGCCUCGAUCUCCAACACAGCCAAGCUGAGCCACUAUAACGAGCUUAUUCGCCAGUUUGCAAGGCUGGACUUCGGAGUGUAUUCCAGUAUUGCUCCAAAAAUAGAGCAGAUUAAGGGAUCGUUGGACAAAGACACCAUCUACCAGCUGAUUCUGGCAAAUCCAGGCAGAAGAUGGACCAGUUUCGAGCUUUGGGUGCAAAACCUCACCAGAGACGAUAAAAUUAGACAACUGGUUCUGCGGAGACUCGUAGAGGGCGAGAAAGUCGAUACCGAGCCUGAAGAUAAGGAGAUCACGCUUUCAAAGGCAAUCAGCAUCAUCCAGCUCGAUCUGGACACAAUGGAGCUUGAUCCGGCCGCACAGAAGUUGCUUGUUGAAGCUUUCUUCAGGCUAGAACUCGAAUCGUACGUCCCUCAGCUCGAUGUCGAUCUGGACGUGGCUCAAGACAUUCUGCAAACAGAGACGUUAUCGCCCAAGCAAAUCUUAAGCCUUGUGACACCAACUCUUCCAACAUCCAGCCUUGUGAAAGCCAUUGUGCCUCUUUCGAGCUUGGAGACGGUGAAGUAUUCGGAAAACGAGAAGCUCGUGGAGAAAAAGGUGGGCUAUUUGCCAGAGAUGGAUGUGUCAAAAACCGUGGCAGAGAUCAGAGCCAAAUUGGAACAGGUCCCGGACACAGAGGUUACAGAAUCGUCUUCAAAGUCUCUGAGCCCCCAAACUAGCUCCCAAGGUGCAUACUUCAAGCAGCUUCUUGGUAUCCACGACGCCUUAGAGUCCAAUCAAGACAUCAAUAUAGAGGACAUCGAGGCUACAGCCGCACCGGUGUCUGCUACCAAGAUACUUCUUUACGCAUGGAACGGGUUAUUUGACCAGUCUAUGGACGAAUACAACGAGGCUGUGGCGAAAUGGAACAACGAUCCAUCUGCUGUGUCAGAAUUGGUCUACUGCCUGGUCCUGGCUGCUUUACUUAACCGUGAUCUACAACUGGCACAAUUUAUUAGGAAAAGAGCAAAAGAAUCUAAUAUUUUGACCAAACCCACAGACCAAAGAGUGUCCCAGAUGAUGAAACAGUACGGAGAUCUUGCGGAGGCCAAACAGUCACAAUCCCAGGGCUUGAAACCAACGGUUCUGACCGAAAUCCUUCAUCUGGCUGGUAGUUGA